AUGUCAAAUUAAGGUAUGUUAAGGAUAGGAACUUAAGAUUCUUUUUCAAGAAAAAAUCAAUUUAAUUAAUUUCAUACUACUCCUAGUCAUCGUAAAACUUCUUAAACUAAACCUAUAUCAAUUGAUUAAAUUCCAGACAAUGCAAUAGAAAAAUUUUAUUUGUAUAAACAAAAAAAGAAUGAGGUGAGAAUGAAACAAUAAUUGAGUAAAUAAAGUUAACGAUCAUCUCAGAAUUCAAUUGCCUAAACUAACUAAUUCUUUAUUAAUGCCAAUUUCGUUAGUAAUUAAGGUGGUUAGCAAAAGCGUUCUGGUUAAUCUAUAACUAUUGAAGCCAUAGAAUCAGUUAAAAGAACUAUAAAAACAGAUAUGGGAAAUCCUGCAUCAUUAUUAAAUAAGGCAAAAAGCUUAGGUCAAGAUGAAUAAAUGCAAUAAGUUAAACAUCAUAAUGUUGUUGUAAAAUUUGGCAACUAAGAUUAUUACUUUUAUUUUGAAGCUCAGUAAGAUUAAAAUGAUAUUAAAUUAGUAUUAAUAUGAGAUCUAUUUGGUUUUAAAUAUUGUAAAGAUUACAUGAUACUACAUUUGCAAAUCCAUAAGAAUGUUAUGCCAAUCUUAAGGAUAAACCAUCAGUCAAUUAAAUUGUUAGCUUCAUUUCAUAAUAACAUUCAAUACCAAUUGACUAUUAUAUAGCUCAACCAGAUUUACAAUUCAAUGUCUUUAUGAAUUCUGGUUUAAAAUUAGAAGCAUUCUUUUUAUAAACAUAAUCAGAACCUAAAGUUAGUUUAAAGGAUUUUAUUUUUUUGAAAAACAUUGGUGUAGGAGGUUUCUCUUUAGUUUAUUUGGUUAGAAAAAAAGAUACAGGAAAAUUUUAUGCUCUCAAACUUAUUGAUAAAGAAUUCAUUAUAGCUAAGAAAAAAUAAUAAAUUGUAUUGAAUGAACGAAAUAUUAUGACUUUCCUUAACAGUCCAUUCUUAUUACAUUUAUCAUAUGCAUUCGAAUCCAGACAAUUCGUAGUUUUUGUUCUAGAGUUUUGUUAAGGUGGAGAACUAUUUUACUAAUUGAAACAAAUCAAAAGAAUGAGUGAAGAAUAAGCAUGCUUUUAUAUAUCUGAAAUUUGUUUGGUAUUAAUUUCUAUUGAUUUUUAAGGGUUUACAUGAAAUUCAUUCGUUAAAUAUAUUAUAUAGAGAUAUUAAACCUGAAAACAUCUUAAUGGAUAUAGAAGGACAUGUUAGAAUUGCAGACUUUGGUUUAAGUAAACCAGAAAUAAGUAGAGAAGAAAAAGCAUAUAGUUUUUGUGGAUCUCCAGAAUAUAUGGCUCCUGAAAUGCUAUUAAAAUAAGGACACUCCUAAACUGUUGAUUUUUAUUGUUUAGGUGCAUUGCUUUAUGAAUUACUUACUGGAUUACCACCAUAUUAUUCAACAGAUACAAAUUAAAUAUAUUAAGAUAUACUCUAUUCUAAAUUAACUUUUCCUAAUGAUGUAAUAUUUUUCAUUUAAUUUAAGUUAAAUUUAUCAAAAGAAGUGAAAAGUCUUCUAAUGUCAUUAUUAGAUAAAAAUCCAAACCAAAGAUUAGGAGCUUCUGGAGGUAUACAAGAGAUCCUUUAACAUCCUUUCUUUGCUUAAAUAGAUUUUAAACAACUAAUACUAAAAAAAGUUAAACCUCCAUUUCGUCCAGACCCAUUAAAAAUGAAUUUAGAUGAAAAAGAAUCAUAAAAAGGAGAAUAAGAUUUUAGAAAAAUGAUUGGUUCUAAUAAAGGUUCAAAUUUACCAGUUAUUUUUGGUUCUUCAUUUUAUUAUGAAUCUCCUUAAGAGACUUAAAUUAAAUCUGUCUACAAAGAAUGGCUAGCACACACUAAUUUAUAACCAAAUACUCCUUGUGUGUCAUCUUAUCAUAGUUAAGGAAGGUAUUUAAAAAUCUCCUAAAUAUUUUAAGAUAAAAUAAAUCAUAGGAUAUAGUACCAUUAGUUCAAUCAGUCAAAAAUAAUCCUAGAUCUCGCUAAAUGUUAAAUUAAAAAUAAUAAUCAUAAAAAGCAGUUGGUUAGAAAUCAUCAUUGGAAAAAGUAAAUUAAGACAGAAGAUUUUUUUCGAAAAUUUGA